AUGGCUUCAGAUGAGGAAAUAGAUAGCUUGUUCGAAAACGCGAUGAAAGGACAAUGGGAAAAGGUCAUGGAGGCCUACAGAAAUAGUAUUACAGCUCAAGUAGCCAAGGUAACCAGAUCCAAGGAGACUGCUCUGCACAUAGCUAUAGCAGAUGGCCGAACUGAAAUCGUCCUAGAGUUGGUGAACAUUAUUCUCCAUACUCAUGAAGACGACAGUGCAUCAACCGCAGUACUCAGCAUAGCAAAUGAUAGAGGCAACACGCCUCUACAUCUAGCUGCUUGGCUCGGGAAUGUACAAGUGUGCCACAACAUUGCAGCCAAGGCAGCGAGCCUCAUCUCCGUUCGAAAUGUGGAGGGCGAGACACCUCUCUUCUUGGCUGCCCUUAACGGUAACACAAAGGCUUUUCUUUGCCUAAAUUUUCAUUGCCAAGAAAAACCCCAUUCCUCGAUCAGAGACAACAAUGGUGAUACCAUUCUUCAUGCUGCAAUCUCCGGUGAAUACUUCAGUUUGGCAUUUCAGAUAAUUUGGAUGUACCCAGAACUUGUGAACUCUAUCAAUCGAAAUGGUUCGUCUCCGCUGCAUAUUCUAGCCAGUAAGCCCAAUGCAUUCAAAAGCAGCUGUCGACUUGAACUCUGUGAUCAUCUUAUAUACAAAUGUUUGAUGAUUGAAGAACUCAAAGUGGAAGAAUAUAACCAUGAAGCUUGUCUUUCUAAGGCAGGAGACAGAAAUAGUUCUUCAUACCCAGAAAACUAUGAAACAUGCAUGAAUUUCUUCCAAGUUCUCAGAAGUAAAAAGAGGGGAGAUAGGUGGCACGUAUACUGGCAUAAGACGCACAGCUCACUCCUUCAAGCUAAUGGAGGAAAUGCGAAGGGUACUAAUGGUCCUGUUGAUGAUGAAGAGAAUCCCAAACAAGGAAUUUGGGGUAUAAGAAAAAUCCAAGAAAAGAAAGAGAGACAUAUAUGGGCAAAUCAGGUCAUGAAUGAAUUGGUUGAUCGUGCUUCUUUAUACAAAUAUCGAAAUACUGGGCAAAAUCCCCAAGAAACUCAACCCAGCAAAGAUAAAGAAGAAUAUGAAGUGCCUAAUCCUACAAUGCCAGAGCAAGCUUCACCCUUGCCAUCUGAUCAUGCGGCACUUGACAGUAGAGAUACAAGUACUGAGACGACUAUCUUGUCCUCAAACCAGUACAAUUACAAGAUAGGGAGUGAUAAGAAUGAACAAGGUGAGUUAACUUCUCCGCCCUUUCUUGUUUACACUGCAUUCUUCAUUGACAUCACAAGACUUGGAGAUUUCCACACUCAUCAUGCUGCUCAUUGCACAGAGAGGAAGAACAAUAAUCCCUUGGUAGGUAAGAAGAAUGUAGUUCCUGGAAAGAAUCAGUCACCUGUUUUAAUUGCAGCAAAGAUGGGAAUAACUGAAAUGGUGGAGAAAAUCCUAGACAAAUUUCCGGUGGCCAUCCAGGAUGUUGACUCUGAUAACAAGAAUGUUAUACUCUUAGCAGUUGAGAACAGGCAACCCCAUGUGUACAAUCUCCUUCAGAAGAGAGAGAUACUAAAAGAAAGCCUGUUUCGUCAGUUGGACAACGAAGGUAAUAGUGCAUUACAUCUUGCUGCUACAUGUGGACAGUACCGGCCUUGGCUUAUUCCAGGCGCGGCAUUGCAAAUGCAAUGGGAAAUCAAGUGGUAUAAGUUUGUCAAAAACUCCAUGCCGCAUCGUUACUUUGUUCGCUACAACAAUAGAGGCCAAACACCAAAGGAGAUAUUUGAAGAUACACACAAACAUCUUAUAAAAGAAGGAAGCAAAUGGCUAAUUAAAACCUCAGAAUCAUGCUCCGUGGUUGCAGCCCUCAUUGCAACGGUUGCAUUUGCUACAUCAGCAACUGUACCAGGAGGACUCGAUCAGCAUACAGGCGAGCCAAUUCUCAAAGACAAGACAGCAUUCAGUGCCUUCACCAUUUCAUCACUAGUUGCUCUCUGCUUCUCAAUAACUUCCCUGGACUUCUUUCUUUCAAUCCUCACUUCUAGAUAUGAAGAAAGUGAUUUUUCCAUGGACUUGCCUCGGAAACUCUUGAUCGGUUUGACAUCACUCUUUGCAUCUAUAGCUUCUAUGUUAGUCUCGUUCUGCACAGGUCAUAUCUUUCUCCUAAAACAUCAACUGAGAUAUGUGGCAUAUUCAUUGUAUGCAGCAACUUGCUUGCCAGUUACAUUUUUCGCUCUUGCACAGCUGCCGCUCUACUUUGAUCUCAUGAAGGCCAUCAUCAGAAAGGUACCUCAACGGAGCUACGAGGUGUAUCCACACUAA